UAGAGAUGAAAACAAGCUUGACAUGUUCUUCUGCCUUGAAAAGGAACUUGCAGCUACCCACGGUGCCAGUAGCUUCUCUUGCAUGUCCGCCAAGCAAGUGGUUCUUUGUCCGUGUUGCGUGGAAAGUGUGUUACUACUGCUAGUGGCCGACGCUGUUCCUUCGAAUCCUGAGAGAGCCAUCCGCGAUGGCCUUCGCUGCUACAGCUCGGCAAUCGGCAAUGUCCGCUACCAUGUUGUUGUUGCUGGUGGUGUUUACUCUGUUGGUUGUCAUUCCGAGUACACCCGCCGCUACUAUCCCAGCCGUGCCACCCAGAAACGAUACCUGUAUGACAAGAUGGCUGACUGCCGCUACAGUAGGCAGUGGUGUUUCAAAUGAAGACGUGCAGCGAUUCGAGAGGCUGUUGAAGAAGUUCGAAACAGCUGUUGACGAGGACACUGUUCACGAUACUGACCAAGAACUACUGGAAACAGUUCUCGGUGGAAAUGAGCAGGCUGUGAAUUUCCUCUAUCGCUGCAUGGGUAACCAUGACGAUACCGAGUGUCUGCGACAAUCACCAUGCCAGCAUCUUGGUCGGUGUGUGUACAGUAGGGAACCUGGUUCAUCAGGAUCACCGUACCCAGGGUACAGAUGUGUGUGCUCUAGGGGUGUCAGGGGACGGUUUUGUCAGCACGCAUUACCUAGCUGUUCAUCAUCACCGUGUAAGAAUGGUGGUACUUGUCAGGAGACAAGUGAAGGAUACACAUGCCAAUGCCCCACACUCUACACAGGACGACAUUGUCAAAAACAAUGGUUGUCCAAGCACAUUCUGGCAAACAUGACGUCAUCGUUGUCCAAACUUACCUCCAUUACAUACAACGUGCUGGCCGCCUCAGCAAAUGCAGAGAAGAAGUCGUCCGACACAGUCGCUACUUUUCUCUCCCGUCUCCAAGUCACAGUCAAUCGAAACCUCGAUCAGAGAUUGGAAGCAAUGCAGCGAAACCAUACCACAUACGUCCAGAGCUCUGAGAGAAACUCUGCAAACCUAAGACAAGACCUAAAUGCUGUCAAGUCAAGUUUGCGGAGCUCGGAGAGAGACUCUGCCAACCUAAGGCAAGACCUACAUGCUGUCAACUCAAGUUUGCAGAAUUCUGACCGGAGAGCUGCACGUCUUGAGCAAGCAUUGGGUCAGCUGCAAACUAAGUUGGCGUAUCUGGGCACAGGCUGUAAUCUUCGAACUCUUGGAUACAAGUAUCAGAGUCGUCACAGCAUCAACUAUAGUCCGGAUAAAGGACAGAUUACAUCCGUGACGUUCAGAAAGAAGCAUACCAACACUGUACUGAAGUUAUCCUAUUCUGGUAACAUACGCACAGCGACAGGAAACACAGGUGCGCGUUGGUACUUGAACAUCGACAACAGGGAGUGUGCUAGACCUACCAAGAUUGAUAUAAUGAUGUACCAGAACAGUGGUGACAACACCUUUGUCCCCGCCGUACUGACUGGUAUCUGUGAGUCGACGUACAGCAGUGGAGCUAACAUUGCAGCUGGAGAUCACACCAUCACAGUACAUGUUGGAAGACUUCGGGGCUAUGCCGCCAGUGAUGCACAUACAGGCUAUCUCAGCACCUCGAUUCUUGAGAUUCAAGAAAUGUGUCCACAGUUUUAGCAUCUGAAAUGGUUAUAGGAGUGUACGUUGAUAUGGGAAGAUGGACAACAAGGAACAGGCCAGACCCACUAAGAAUGAUAGAACUGUAGGAAAGAGUACUGCCCACACCAACCAUGCAUUGUACUAUAUUUACUGACCAGUAUCUGUCAGUGGAUUAGAGCUAACCUUUUCCGCUGGAGAUCACAUGAUUACCUUGCAUAUUACAAGAAUUCUGAGGCCAUAGCUAUGGGAGUCCAUGCACAUGUUAGCCCACACUCAAUAGACUCGUUGUCUAGUUCCAACUGUUUUUCGGUAGUAACAUAGUCUGCACUGUUCAAAUUGUGUGUGUGUGUGUGUGUGUGUGUGUGUGUGUGUGUGUGUGUGUGUGUGUGUGUGUGUUAGUGUGUGCGUGUGUGUGUGUGCAUGUGCGUGUGUGUAUGUUAGUGUGUGUGUGUCUGUGUGUGUGUGUGUGUGUGUGUGUGUCUGUGUGUGUGCGUGCACACGCGCACGCGCGCACGUGCGUGUGUGUGUUCGGCUGUACUGUCUGUUUUGCAUUGUCACUGACCAACUACCCAAGAUUGUUUUUUUAAUUCUUGUUCUUGCUGGUAUUGGAGUUUGGAAUUUAAUAGCCAUGUCUUUCUUUAUGCAGUAACGAUGUCUCCACUGGCACCAUUACACAUGUACUGUAUAUUUUCUGCUGGUCUGCAUUCUGUUUUCUACAUACCUCCUUUAUACGGUUAUACGCGCGCACGUGCGUGUGUGUGUUCGGCUGUACUGUCUGUUUUGCAUUGUCACUGACCAACUACCCAAGAUUGUUUUUUUAAUUCUUGUUCUUGCUGGUAUUGGAGUUUGGAAUUUAAUAGCCAUGUCUUUCUUUAUGCAGUAACGAUGUCUCCACUGGCACCAUUACACAUGUACUGUAUAUUUUCUGCUGGUCUGCAUUCUGUUUUCUACAUACCUCCUUUAUACGGUUUCCAUGACCACCUGGUCGUGACUAACAUAUCUGUGUCUCAAGUACAUGUACAUGUACCAAGAGUACAUAACCUCUUGACUGUACUCAUGCAUGUAAAUGAAAUGCCUAUAGGCGUGAGUGGCUUGAAAACAGUUACUUGCGUGUGCAUUCAUUCUGGCAUUGACUGAGAAGCGAGGACAGAAGGAAGAAGGAGAAAAGAACUUAAAAAAAGAGUGCUCAGGUUCCUCCGGGGUUCGAACCCGGGACCCUUUGCGUGUAAAGCAAAUGUGAUAACCACUACACCAAGGAACCCUUGCUGCUGGUGGAGUGCUUGAAGCAGUCAGCUAUUCGUAGCAGAAUGUUUAUUUCCACAGACCAAUGGACAGAUACCAAUACUCAGUAUUACAUCCCCAAGAUCAGUCACAGGUGUGGAUCUACGUUUUUUGCAGGCCUA